GUUCAUUUCUGAACCAAAACUCUCAGGUCCCAUCAUUCUUUCAAAACCAACGUUUUCACUUUUAGGACAAUAAAAUUUCAAAUACUAAAAAGAAACCCCAAACACUGCAAAAACACACAUUCAAGUUCAUCACUAAGAUGAAGGAAAGUGGAACAACAACAACAACAGGAGCACCUUCUUCUUCAUCUUCUUCAUGGAAUAGGCUCCCUCCUAUGCCUCCACAAAGAUUUGAAGAUAGCGAUGAAGAUCUAUUCGAAGUUCCAGACGUAGAAGCUACACAAUGUCAAAGUGUUCAUUCUGAAGCCACAAAUCAAAACAGUAACCAUAAUCAAAGCAAUGUAACAGAUCCUCAACUUCAAACCGGAAAGCGUCGUCGAGGAAGAAACCCGGUCGAUAAAGAGUAUAGACGACUCAAAAGGUUGCUAAGGAACAGGGUCUCUGCCCAACAAGCUAGAGAAAGAAAGAAGGUUUAUGUGAAUGAGUUAGAAUCAAGAGCUAAAGAGAUGGAAGAUAAGAACUCGAAUUUAGAAGAACGUAUUUCAACUUUGAUGAAUGAGAACACCAUGCUCAGAAAGGUUCUUAUGAACACUAGACCCAAAGUUGAUGAGAGUAACGAAGGAUAAUUUGUAACAUUUCUAAAAUGAUAGUAAUUUGUUAUAUUUGAAAAUGUGCAAUUGUUUAAUAGUAUUACGUUGAAGUAAGAAUGUGGAAUAUGAGAAUUAUGAUAAGUUUAAAUGAAUUUUAAUUGUAUUUUUUAGUCCAUAUUUUCUAAAUUUAGUGAUUUUGAGUUUGUUGAGUUUUCAA